AUGGCGAUAUUGAUAUUUUUGAUUCUAUCCUCUGCUCUUUGUUUGGAAAAUACAGAACUAUCAAUACACAGUCUAUCGCCAAAUAUUAUAUUUGAUGAAAAAAGUGAUAAAAGAGCUCAACUGUACUAUAUUGAAAACAACAUUACAUUUGCAAACCCAAACAUAAUAGCUCCAGUCAUUUCCUAUUCAUCUAAUUCACACUCUCCUCGAGUUCUUGAUAUCUCGAGCGAAGGACAAUUGUCUUUUUUAAACUCGCGCAAGCCUCUCAGUAAUCUUCCGAAAACUGUUCAAGAAAUCGUUUCCAGGUCUCCUCUUGAAAUUCCACAACUGCCAAACACGAUAUUGAUGGGCUCUAAAAACACCAAGCUCUACCACAUCGAUAGUGACUUCACAUUGACUCCUCUUCCCAGCAUAGGCGUUGACACCAAAAAUCUUUUGCACUUAAUUAGCGGCGUUGAGUACUCAAUUACAGGAAUCAGCUCGUUUUCAGGGGAAAAGCUUUGGGUUCUCAAUUAUACCUAUUAUACAGUUAUGAAGACGAAAGAUACUCUGAAAAUGCCUGAUGGUUUUGAGGACGAUGAAUUCAGCAAUGCGAAUAACUGGAGAGAAGAGAUGAUGAAGGACCCUUAUUUCCUUGAAAUGUUUGACGAUUCGAGCUACUUCAGAGACAGCAUGCAUUAUUAUGACGAAGUGAUGUCCAUUUUUGAGCUACAAGAUUCGAAUUUGUUUGCUUCCUUUACAGAAUGGUGUAUUCAGAAUUUCUACAUUUCGUUUGCAAUAUUUGUAGCGGUUUGUGCAGGGUUUUGUUUAGGGAAAAUUCAAAACUAUAGAGGAAAUGUUGCGUAUGAAAGACCUCCAAUACUGAACAUUGAAAGCUUAAGUCCAAGGUUGAAAAGUGGAAACAGUGAGCUAGAAACUGCUGAUACAGAUAGAAACAAUCAAGACAAAGCUGAAACUCUACCUCUUGCCUCGCAAUCGCCAUCUCUAUCAAAUUCUCAUGAUACAACAGAUAAGCUUGUGGAGUUCCAGCUUGACGAAAGUAUGGAUUUUGGGAAGGGAUGCGAGAUUAUGCCUUAUACUUCUUGCUCAAAUGUAGACUUGUGCAAUAAAAACCUUGAAAAAGAACUUUUCCAAGAAAAAUUCCAUAUUCCAGUUCUCGAGCAAUAUGAAGAAAGUACGACAGUUAAUGCUGAAAUCAUUUUGGAAAAAAGCGAAAAUUCAUACAGAAAAAUCGAAAAGCACACUUUGACCAAAACUUAUAGAGUUGAGAACAGUCAAGAAACAGACAAAAUGCUGACCACUAAGCCACCUUUCCAUAUGAGAAUUGACGCUGAAAAAGUCAAUGAUAACACUACUGCAACUGUUUCUGUUUACCCUGAAGGCGAAUUCAGAGAGCUCAUGGAAAUUCUGGACAAUGGAAAUUAUGCAAGAAGAUUCCAAUAUGAAAGAAUCCUCGGGACUGGAGGGUUUAGCUCUGUCCACCUUGCCAGACAUAAGCUAGAUGCUCAGCUCUAUGCCAUUAAAAUCGUCAAAAUGAAGAUUGAAGAAAACAAAAGCAUCAAGAACCACAAGCUAUUCACCGAAGUGAACGCGCUGAAGAAACUUCAAAGCAAGUAUGUGGUAAGGUACAUAACCUGCUGGGCAGAACUAGAAAUCAAUGACCCCACCUUGUCAAUUAAAAGUGAAGAAAGCUCGUUCUCUUACAUUGAAAGCUUGGAAUCGUCAGACCUUUCGAUAUCCUAUGAAAAUAAGAAAUAUGUAAACGUGUUGCUGCAUAUGCAAAUGGAAUAUUGUGAUGGAAUGACACUGAGAAACUGGCUUGAAGACGACGAAAGAACAAUUGACAGGAAGCAAACUUAUCGAUUUUUCACUCAAAUCUUAAAAGGAGUAAAGCAUGUCCAUGAAAAAGGAAUUCUGCAUAGAGACUUGAAGCCUGAAAACAUUUUUAUUGAUGGAAAUGAGCUGAAAAUUGGGGAUUUUAAUUUAGCAAGGGUUUUAGAGCCAGAAAUUUAUAAUGAAAACAACGGAAAUGAUCAAAAGCUUCAAAGACUUUCGGUGAACAUUGGGUCCCCAUACUACCUCGCACCAGAACAAGAGACAACUUCUAAUUAUAACCAUAAAGCAGAUAUUUUCCCUCUUGGUCUCAUCUUAUUAGAAAUGAAUACCAAGCUUUCCACAAGGCAUGAGCAAAUCAAGAUUUUUAAGAGAAUUCGAGAGCACCAUCAACUUCCACAGGAUUUUGUUGAUGCUUUUCCCAUUGAAAGCCAAAUCAUUCUGCAGAUGACAUCUCCUCACCCUGAAGAGAGGCCAAAUGCAGAAGAACUGCUAAACAGCGAAUUAAUGGCAAGAUGGAAAGAUGAGGUUUCGGCAUAA